UCAGUCAACCAUAUGAGUGGAAGGAGAGUUUAAAAAGAGCGCUUGGUUUUUCCAAGGGUCCAGAACCCGAAUCACAGCUACAAAGAGUCCCUCCGUGAGCUGAACACAGAGGUUUGAGAUGAGACUGUGUGAGCUGCACUGUUAUUUGGCCCUGUUGGGUCUGUCCCUUGUGCUGUGUGGUCGCUGUGCUAACUCACAGCUAGAACCGGACCUGGACUUCCGCCAUCACAGACUUCUGCAGAGAGCAAGAGCGACUGGACAGGCUACACAGGACUUUACAAAGAGAGACGUCGAGAAGCUCCUUUCCCUGCUUUCCAUCCCCGAAAUGGAGAUGCGCGAGAAAGGCCUUUCAAUGGCAGGCGAAAGCGAGGACCUGCGCUUGGAGCAAGAACGCUCGGCAGAAAGUUCAAACCAACUGCCCACCCGGGUACGCAAAGAGGGAUGCAAAAACUUCUACUGGAAGGGCUUCACUUCCUGCUGAGGCCCUCGCUUGAAGUUAUUUAACAUCCUCUCAAAUCUCUUGCUAAGCUAACCGCUGUGGUCAAACCACAAGUUAAUUGGUUCUGUCAGUCAACUGACUCAAUGUAAGUUAAUAAAACACAAAAUAAAAGAAACAUUAAAAUAAAAGAGCAUCUUGUUGUGGAUGAUGUGAUGGUGCAUAGCCUACAUUUAUAAUGCUAUCUUUUCUCUGGACUAUAUUUGUGUGGGAACAUUAACAUUAAUGAUUUGUGUGUGUAUGUGUGUGUGAUUGUUUAUGUAAUGUCACAAUGGUGAUUAGUGGUAAUUGACAAGCAUUAGGGAUCAUCCGUUCUAUUAAACAUGGUGAGAGGCACGACACACCAAUAUGAUUAAGAAUGACAGAUGAGUGAGAACGACGACAAAACAAUCUGUUCUAAAUGUUUGUGGACAACCCCCUUCACCUUUCCGCCAUUAAAAGCCACGUGUCCGCAUCUCCAGAUGAGCAUGCAUUGCUGAAGGAACAUCUAUGAAGGGAACAAAACUCAAGCAUCAUUUGCUCUCUUGGUCUCUCCGGCGCACACACUUCAGUUUGAUGUGUUCUUCAUUAGCAUGUUAUUGGCAGUGAAAACAGACACUGCUCCAUGACUCCAGCUCUGUCCCUUGAGGCUCGCGCACGAACGCGCAGACAGGGUGGAAAAGGCUGUUAGUCAGAUGUAAUUGUUAUUUAAUUAUGGUCCUGAAAGCACCGCAAAUAUUUCGACAGAUAUGGACUGUUUGAUUAGCAAGCCUGAGAAGAGACUUUCAUCAGGCAUUAUGAACGGUUCUCUGCUGCUGUGUUUACCGAGUAGACAUUUUCACAGUGUGUGUGUGUGUGUGUGUGUGUGUGUGUGUGUGUGUGUGUGUGUUUACGUGUCAUUCUGACACUUAUAAUUUUGAUGAGCUUGCAUCAGAAUAACCAUAUGUGCAUACGUAUAAUAGAUGUGUUU